AUGGACGAUCCCGCCGCGUUUGAUGCUACAGCCCCUCCUGUCCGAGACUCCUCACCCUCCCCUUCCAUCUCUCCAACACCCGCGAUUUCGUCCUGUCCAUCACCAGACCGUACAUUUUCUACAGUUUCUUCGUUGUCGACAUCGUCUGGCACAUCCGGUGAUGCCAGGUCUUCAGUGUCAGUUUCUACGCGGAGACGGGGGUAUAUCCGGCCUCAGGGGGCGGAAUUCGCCGCCUCCGCAAAAAACCGGGAAAGUGUAAUGAGCCUGGGGAGCAUCGCACAUUUGCAAUACUAUUUCGCUCGAACAGGUCUGCUGGAUGGGAAGGGUGGUAAUGCGCGAGAAUAUAAGAAGAAAAAGAGGAAUACGGAGGACACACCACAAUUGCUGCUCACACCAAAUGCCCGCUUCACGGACGAAAUUACAAUGAGCCCAACGGAGGAUAUGAAUACGGAUUCAGGAGAAGAUGCGUUUGACGUUGUCGAGGACGGAGACGAAGUGAUGCUGCCCCCGACUGUCAGUACCUAUAGCAUUAAGACGCACCAUAUCCCGCCGCCUCCGGAUCUGCUGCAGCUACGGAGGGACCUUUUGAACGCGAUAUAUAAAGCACAGAGAGAGAUUGAUGCGGUGUCUCAGCAGCAGCAUUCACCGGAGACGCUUCCACCACGAAUCGAUGUCUCGCCAGAUGGCGAUACGGAACCAAAUGGAGAUUCGCAACACCAGGCGAAUCUGGCUGCAGCUCUUCAGAGCUGGGAUGAAAUCAACGGUAUGCGCUUAUUAGAUGUUGUCACGCUUGCGAUUCGCGCAGCAAAGAUAUACUAUACCACCCAUGAAUACCCGGAACGACUGGCUUCUAUAAAAAGCGAGCGUGAGAUUAGGCAAGAUCUAUUUAAUGUCCUUGAAGUGUUGAAGCGAUGGGCAGGACGCAAUUUUGCAGGUGGGUUUCGAGAAGAGGAAAAGAAGGCCGUUCUAGGCUGGAUGUCCGAUGUGCGCGAUAUGUUGUCGCAAGAGGCGCAGCUUGAAGACGCAGAAGUGAAAGAGCGGGCAUCGUGGGUCUGGAUUGAAGGCGAUUGGACUGGUCGGGAACGGCAGCGGGAAGAGGAAUUUCUGGCCAGCCUGACAGGUCCAGACUCACGCUUGCCAGUAUGGACAGAGCCUGAAGAUGGUUCACUCCCAUCUGCGAUGCUUGAGAGACUACGUGACGGCCGCGAUCUGAUCCGGAUCCACAACAUAGCCGUCCGGAAGUCCAAGCGACCUUUUGGUGAGAUCAAAACCUUCCAUGAAGACGUUGCCAAGCCAUAUCGACAAGCAGAUAAUCUUCGGUAUUGGAUAAAGGCGGCCGAACUGCGCUGGGAGACGAAGCUCGAACUGGACGUCAUGGGCGUCGUCUAUGGCACCAGCGACGAGGCGUGGCACCAGUUUGAUCGAGCCAUUGCAGCCUGGUGCAAGUCCGUCCGAGAAGAGCUCUCGCAAGACCUUCGAGUAUUGAGAAGACGAGCGACUGCAGCCAGUGUUGACGGGCUGCUUGUCAAGAUCUCAUGA